AUGAAUUUGAUACAAGAACUUGUGUUCCAGAAACGGGUACGCCUGUUUAAGUGGAACGUAAAAUCACCCAGCUAUCAGCACCAUGUUCUUCAAGGACAAAUCCUGUUUCUAAUCAAAAGUCGUUUGGUUUCGACUCCUGCGACUUCAAAUGUUAAAUUCUCCCACCCAAUUUCCUGUAGUUUCCCAUUCCACCUUGAAUGCUUGUCUUCUACGAAGGAUGUAGAAAAACUGGCUUAUGAAGCCGUGUUGAGUACACAACAGUUUCUUGAACAGAGAAAUAUCACAGCUUUGGCCAACAGCCUUUCAGGAUACCUUGUCAAGAACUACAGUUUCGGGCUUGACACAUUGUCUAAUCCCAAUGCACCCAAAGUUCUCAUUGUUGUUGAAGUAAAUAAAGCUUGGGUUCUUAAGGGUUUUCAAGAUUAUGGCAUUGGUGAAGUUGAAGUUGGGGAUCGGUUCAGUGGUGAAGCUGAUACUACUGAUGAAGAAGAUAUCUUGCUGAGAUUGAGAAUUUUGUUGGGGGUGCCUGUGUUAUCUGUGUUGGAGCCAAUCGAUAUCUCUGAACCCUUGGGGUUGACACAAGUGCCUGGACUGGACUUGUUUGAACCAUGUGACGGUGGUGCAUUAGCGGAUCAGGGCACGUGUGCGAUCUGCUUGGAAGGGCUCUCCAUGGAUUCCUGUAGGAAGACGCCCUGCUCGCAUGUAUUUCAUGGGGGUUGCAUUGCCCAGUGGCUGUGGAGGAAAAGAUCUUGCCCCCUUUGCCGAUCUCAACUAGCUUAGGUCAUUGGUUUUUAGUAAUUCUUACAAUUGUUUUUGUUUUUUUGCCCUUUUGGUUUGAGGAUAGCUAUUUUAAUUUUGUUUAAUGUGCUAGGUAGAUAGGCAUUUGUGUUUUUAUCAGUCUCAUGACUAGUGUCUCUGGUUUCAAGUUACCGAAGAUGUUAUUUGAAUGUAAGACUCGGUUAUAGUAGUAUUAUAAGUAAAAUUUACCCUAUCUUUUUUCUUUUUUUCUUCUUAUCCUAAGAAGUUAUAUUGAUAGCAUAGUUUUCUUCAUUUUCUGAGAUAUAGGCAAUUUCUGCAACAAACGAGGCUCAUCUCUGUUUUCCAAGUUCAAAUUCCAAUAUAUUUAAUGACAAUGUUAAUUUCUUCAAGUUUCAAGAAGUUGUUGAUGACAAGGAUUUCAUUAACUUGAGGGCAAGGCAUUGCAGGAUAGGCAAGAUGACAGUCACAUUACUCUAUUGUUGAUAGGCAAGAUGCUGAAAGUUUCACCUGCAUUUAUUAGUUCCUUUUAAUAGGAAAAUUGUGAUAGUUGAUAACUGUUUGGGCACUGGACUCACAAUAGUGGGUUUGAGAUCAUAACAUAGCUGCAGUUGUACAAUAAGUCAUUGUUCAGAUGAAAAAAAUGUGCAAUAUAACAAGAUGAACCAGAAAAAUAUCUUUCUUCAUAGUUAGUUUUAAGAGUUACAUGCCACCUGUUAACAAGGAAAAGAGUUUCCGCUUAAUACAUGAUUUACUUUUUCCCGGAGCUUAAUACAUGAAAUUACUGUAUGUAAAAAUCAUCUUUCAUGGUACAAAGACCACCAACAAUGAAAGGAUCAUGACUUCGGUACAUCUGCACUGCUGAAUCUCCUUUCUAAGUUUCAGCUUUACCUUUUCCACAGCUCAUCGUGGUUU